AUGCCACACACGACAACGAGGGUACAGACUAGAAUGCCCCCAGACAAACAGAAUGCGAAGCCCUUCACCCCGUCGCUCAGCUCGAAUUUCCGGGGUACCAAAAGUCCCUUGACCCCGAGACUUGCUGGCACCGGCCCUGGCUCCGGACAAAGUACGCCUGCGUCUGGACCGCGUCGUGAAGCCUUCGUCAGAUCAAGGUCACCAGGCAAGGAAGAGCAACAGCAGCCGCAGCAACCCAACCUCGGCGGCAACAUCACUCCACGAUCCGCCGCUCGGAAAUCGCGAUUUGGGACAGAAUCACCCUCGACGACACCCACCGCGAACCGGACCAAUGUCGCGAGCCCACCUGUGCAUUCACCGGGUGGUCAGAAUGGCUUGGGCAUCUCCGGCGCUCACGUAAGAGGAGCAACGUCGUUGAACGAAGUCGUGGCCUCAAACGUAUCGCCGUCGCCAUUGUAUACCGCCACGCGAAGGGUUUCAAAUACACAGAGUACUGUGACUACGCAAGACCCUGAAGCCUCGAAGUUCUUUCACGCCAGCGAUGCGCGGCCUACGCAAGCACAACCGCAGCCCAAGCCUGAUCAAGGACGGUUCUUCUAUGUUGGCGGCACAUCUAGCAUAUCAUCGCCCAAGGCAGACCCGCCUGCAGGGGAUGACAAGUUCUUCCAUGCCAGUGACGCCAGGUCGCAGAGCCAGCCAAAGCCGACCCGACCAGAAUUACAUACACGAAGCACGGCAGGAUCAGCGGCUUCACUACGAUCAAUUCAAGCAACAACCACACCACGCAACAACGUGCGCUCGACCUCGCCUGGGAAGACUGUCCAGUCAAGACCGCGGUCAUGGGGCAAAGAUGCGGCGCCCAGGCCGUUGAGUGGUAUCAUGUCGACUGCUACAGCUUCUACGCCGAAUCGACGUGGCAGCGUAGGAAGCAACCUUUCCGCCAGCAAAGAUGUACAGACUGCCCACAAGAAGACGAUGAGUGCCACUUCCGUCACCUCAACACCCACAAGGAAAAUGAGUGGACCACGACCUCUGCUCAUACCAACACUGGAGCAGCGCCUAGGAGAGGCAUUGAGCAAUUCCACGGCCUCGACAAUCUCCCUGCCAAUUCCAACGGCAUCACCAGAGACGUUGAGUGCACGAUCGUUGUCACUAGGCUCGCAGAUCUCAGACCGAUCACUUUCGAACGCCAGACCAUCAGCCGUCCAGCAAUCGCCGGAAGUGGGCACAGUGCCCUCCGUGCCGUCUUCGCCGCGAAAGAGAGUUUCACUGUCACAUUCAGUCGAAACAUCCGCGCUGCCGCCAAAUUCACCACCACUCCCUGCAACCGUUAAGCCUGCAGAUCCAGCUGUCCAAGCCCGCCGAGAACGCAAAGUCCUUGACCUCGAAAUCUCUAAUUCCUCCCUCCUCGCCAUCAACAAGACCCUCGAACGCGAGUUACGCAAACAGAACGGGGAACUCCGCCGGUUCCGCCGCCUGUCUCGCUCCGGUCGGCUCAGUGUUGCGCCCAACAACGCUCGCAAUGUUAGCAACAGCACGCUCGGCACGCUGCCCGAGCUCCAGGACGAAGUGGAAGACGACUCCGAAGACGAAGACGAGCACUCCGACUCCGACGCCUCCUCCUCGGGCGACAAUGACGACCUAGACUCCCUCCGCAGCAAUCACUCAACCGGCGACCUCUCCUCACCGACAAUUGAAACCACGAAACGCGCACGCCAGCGCCGCCGUGACGAAAAGCGCCUGCUCCUCGACCUCCACAAGCAUCAACAAGCACUGCUGGCUUCCCAAAAGCUAAGCCAGAGUAUCCGCCGGUGUCUCCUGUCGACUGAGGAGCUGAUCCGUGAUGGCGAAAAGGCGCUGGAAUACAAGCCGGAUCUGUUGAUCGGCGGGCGGGUUCUCAGUCAUGACGGAGCAUUGCUCAGACCGGGGACGGCGGACUCUGCUGGUGAAGACACGGGAACCGCAACGCCGGCGAUGGUGGCGGAAGAGGGGGCUAAGGGCCUUCUGAGUCCAGGGGUGGAGAUUGGGGACUGGCUCGCCGGCGGCAUGUGGGUGAGUCAGGGAGCCGGGAAGGUCGAGACGAUGGUCGAUGAUGGAUGA